AUGAAUUAUGUAAAAGAUAAAACAACAUACUUUUUUAAAAAAAAAAUAAACAAAAAAGAAAAUGGAAAUGAAAUAGAUGGGUUUUCCUCUGAUAAAAAUAAAUAUAAAUCUAUUUUUAAUUCAGAAAGUAGGAUUACAGAAUUAAAAUCAGAAAAAAUUAAAAAUAAUACGUAUUCUAGAGAAAAAACAUAUCCUAAUAAUUUAAUUUUGAAGGAUAAAAACAAUGAUGAAAAAAAUAUAAAAACAAAUUUUGGAAACAAUAAAAUAAAAUUUACUAACGGGAAUUGUGUACCUAUAGAAGAAAUAAAAAAAGUUGAAAAUAAUGAAAAAGAAAAUGAAGUAAAUAAAAAUGAACAAAAGGAAGUUAAAAAUAAGAAAACGCUUAUUAAAUAUAAAAAUUAUUAUAUACAAUACCAUAAAAGAUGUAUUAAUUUAAAAGAAAUAAAAAAAAGAUAUGAUCAGAAUCCCAAUUAUGCUAAAAUUUAUACUUUCAAUGAUGAUAUAAUCUCAACAGAGAAAGAUGUAAUGAACUUGCUAUCACCAUCUAAAAAGUGGAAAUUCAUUAAUAAUACUUCAAAUAAUGAAAAAACAAAAAAGGAUAAUGUAAAUAAAGUAAUUACUAGUAAUAAAAAUAUAAACAAUUUGAAUAGAAGUAAUAUACUUAAUUCAAAUGAUAGUAAUAUAAAUAAUUUAAAUAAGAAUAGUAUAAAUAAUAUUGAUAAAAAUAAUAUAAAUAAUUUAGAUAAAAGAAGUACACUUAAUGGAAAUGAUAGUAAUAUAAAUAAUUUGAAUAAAAGCAAUAUACUUAAUUCAAGUGAUAGUAAUAUAAAUAAUUUAAACAAUGCAAACGAUGCAUAUAACAAUAGUUUGUGUAAUGAAUUCAAAAAGAAUAAUAUAUUUAGUACUCAUGGUUAUAUAUAUUAUUAUAUGAAUAAUUUUGAUAUUUUUAGUAAAAAUUUACUUAAGGUUUAUUUAAUAGAUAACAAUAUUAAAAGUAAGCAUGAUGAAAUAGAAAGAGUUGAUGAUAGACAAUAUAGUAACGAUAAUAUUAAUAAUAACUUUAAUAUAUUAUGUAAUAACAAUACUAAUUGUAUUAAUAGCAAUAAUAAUAAUAAUUAUAUUAAUAGUAAUAACGGCAGUAAUAAAAAGGCUAUUACUGAUAGUAAUAGUAAAGUUAAAAAAAAAAAUUCUAAAAAGUCUGCUAAUAGUAAAAAAAAUAAUAAGUUAAUCAAAAUAAUAAAAAAAAUAAAUAAAUGUAAUAGUAAAAAUACAACAAGUAGUAAUUGUAUUUUUAAGAGUUUUAAGUACAUUUCUCCUGAUUUUAUUAAUAUCAAUUACAAUAAAUCAUAUAAAAAAAAGAAAAAAUUAAAAAAAAAAAACGAAAAUAAAAAGGUUAAAAAUAAUAAGGAACUUUCGAAUAAAUUUAAAAAUAAUAUUAAGAGAAUAUUUCCUAUAUAUGAUUUUGUGCCAAUUAAACCUACUCUAUUAGAUAAAGGUGAAAAAUCAGAUACUAACAAGGAAAUAUCAAAAAAUAAGUGCAUGAUUGUAAAUAGAAUCAAUCCAAAUGCAAAUGUAGAAAUUAAAGUGCAAAAACUUGUAAAAGAAGAAACCGAAUUAUGUGAUAAAAAAAAAGAGAUGCCACCAAAAAAACAAGGUAAAUUAUAUGAAAGAAAAAAAAAGGAACUAGGAGAAAGAAAUAAAGAUCUCGAAGAAAUUAAAAAAAAAUUAGAAGAUAUAAAAACAAUUUUGCAAAUAGAAAUAAAAAAAAAUGAAUUUAUUCAAACAAAAAAUUUAGAAUAUUAUUGCAAAAUUUAUUAUGAUAUGGAGAAAAAUUUUGAAAAAGAAAAAGGAAUGCUAGAUUUGUUAGAAGAAAUAUAUUUAGGUGAAAAAAGAUUAAAAAGAUAUCCAAGAAAAUUAAACAAAUGUAAAAGCUUAGAUAAAAAAGAAUUAGAACAUCAAGAUGAAAAAUCAAUACAUAACAAAAAUGAUACAUCGUGUGGAAUAAUCAAAAAUAAAUUAGAUAGUUCAAUAGCACAACCAUAUAAAAAUAAUACAAUGUUAUUAGUAGAAAAUGAUACAAAAACAGAAGUAGUAAAUAAAGAAUUAAAUGAAACAAUAAAAAAAGAUUUAACAAAUGAAAAAGAAAAAUCAGAUUUAGAAAUGAAAAAAGAAAUAGAGGAAGAAAGAAAAAAACUAAAUGAAGAUAAAAUAAAUUUAGAAAAUAAGAGAAAAAAAAUAGACGAAGAUAAUAUAAAAUUAGAUAAUAAAAGAAAAAUAUUAGAUAUACAAAUAAAAAAAAAAAUAGAGGAAGGAGGAAUAAAAAUAAAAGAAGACACUAUAAAAUUAGAUAAAAGAAGAAAACAACUAGAUGAAGAUAAAGUAAAAAUAGACGAAGAAAGAAGAAAAAUAAAAAAAGAUAAUAUAAAAUUAGAUGAAAGAAAAAAAAAACAAGAUGAAGAUACAAUAAAAAUAGAACAUAAAAGAAAAAUAUUAAAUAGGGAAAUAAGAAAACUAAAUGAAAAUAAAAUAAAAAUAGAGGAAGGAAGAAAAAAACUAAAUGAAAAUAAAAAAAAAAUAGACGAAGAUAGAAAAAAACUAAAUGAAGAUAAAUUAAAAAUAGAGGAAGAAAAAAAAAAAAUAAAUGAAGACAAAAUAACUAUAGAGGAAGGAAAAAAAAAACUGGAUAAUGAUAAUAUAAAAUUAGAUGAUAAAAGAAAAAUAUUAAAUAUAGAAAUAAAAAAACUAAAUGAAGAUAAAAUAAAACUAGAGGAAGGAAGAAAAAAACUAGAUGAAGAUAAAAUAAAAAUAGAUGAAAAAAGAAAAAAAAUAAAUGAAGAUAAAAUAAGAUUGGAUGAAAGAAGAAAACAACUAGAUGAAGAUAAAGUAAAAAUAGACGAAGAAAGAAAAAAAAUAAAUGAUGAUAAUAUAAAAUUAGAAGACAAAAGAAAAGUGUUAAAUAUAAAGAUUAAAAAACUAAAUGAAGAUAAAAAAAAAAUAGAUGAAGAUAAAAUGGUAGAUGGAGAAAAAAAUGAAAUAAAUAAAAAUAAAAAUAAAAUAGAGGAAGGACGAACAAAAAUAGAUGAAGAUAAAAUAAAAAUAGAGAAAGAAAGAAAAAAAUUGGAUGAUGAUAAUAUAAAAUUAGAAGAUAAAAGAAAAAUGUUAAAUAUAGAAAUAAAGAAACUAAAUGAAGAUAAAAUAAAACUAGAGGAAGGAAGAAAAAAUCUAGAUGAAGAUAAAAUAAAAAUAGAUGAAGGAAGAAAAAAAAUAAAUGAAGAUAAAAUAAAAAUAGAGGAAAGAAGAAAAAAACUGGAUGAUGAUAAUAUAAAAUUAGAAGAUAAAAGAAAAAUGUUAAAUAUAGAAAUAAAAAAAUUAAAUGAAGAUAAAAUAAGAAUAGACGAAGAAAGAAAAAAAUUAGAUGGAGAUAAUAUAAAGUUGGAAGAGAAAAGAAAAGUGUUAAAUAUAGAAAUAAAAAAAUUAAAUGAAGAUAAAAUAAAAAUAGAAGAAGGAAGAAAAAAAAUAAAUAACGAUAAUAUAAAUUUAGAAGAUAAAAUAAAAAUAGAUGAAAAAAGAAAAAAAAUAAAUGAUGAUAAAAUAAUAUUAGAAGAAGGAAGAAAAAAAUUGGAUGACGAUAAUAUAAAAUUAGAAGAUAAAAGAAAAAUGUUAAACAUAGAAAUAAAGAAACUAAAUGAAGAUAAAAUAAAACUAGAGGAAAGAAGAAAAAAUCUAGAUGAAGAUAAAAAAAAAAUAGAUGAAGAGAGAGAAAAGCUAAAUGAAGAUAAAAUAAAAAUAGAGGAAAGAAGAAAAAAACUGGAUGAUGAUAAUAUAAAAUUAGAGGACAAAAGAAAAGUUUUAAAUACAGAAAUAAAAAAACUAAACGAUGAUAAAAUAAAAAUAGACGAAGAAAAAAAAAAACUAGAUGAAGAUAAAAUAAAAAUAGAUGAAAAAAGAAAAAAAUUAAAUGAUGAUAAUAUAAAAUUAGAAGAAGGAAGAAAAAAACUGGAUGACGAUAAUAUAAAGUUAGAAGAUAAAAGAAAAAUAUUAAAUACAGAAAUAAAAAAAAUAAAUGAAGAUAAAAUAAAAUUAGAAGAUGAAAAAAAAAAAUUAGAUGAAGGCAAAAUAAAAAUAGACGAAGAAAGAAAAAAACUAGAUGAAGAUAAAAUAAAAAUAGAUGAAAAAAGAAAAAAAAUAAAUGACGAUAAAAUAAUAUUAGAAGAAGGAAGAAAAAAACUGGAUGAUGAUAAUAUAAAAUUAGAAGAUAAAAGAAAAGUUUUAAAUACAGAAAUAAAAAAACUAGAUGAAGAUAAAAUAAAAUUAGAAGAUGAAAAAAAAAAAUUAGAUCAAGAAAAAAAAAAUUUGCCUUUGAGAAUAGAAAGGAUAAAUGAAGAAAAAACAAUAGUACCAACAGAAAAAAGGAAAGUUUUAAAUAAGAAUAGAAAAAAAGUAAAAUAUAAAAAAAUACCGUUUGAUAAAAUAAUUAAAAUAAAAUUUCAGAUUGAAAAUAAAAAAUUGCAUAUUAAAAAAAAUCAAUUAAAAGAGCAGUUAAUAGGAGAACUAAAGGAUAAAAUUGAAAAUGAAAAAAAUAUUUUAAAUUGCGAAAGAAAAAAAAUAGAAGAUGAAAAAAAAAAGUUAGAUCAAGAGAAAAAAAAUGCAUAUGAAGAAAAUAGAAAUAUAGAAAAAGAAGAAGUAAAAAAAAAAAUUGAAAAUUAUGAAAAGGAUGAUGCAAAUGCAGUUGCUAAAAUUAAAAAUAAGGAAAAUGAUACAGAAAAAAAAAUAGGUGAAAUUAAUAUUAAAGUUGAAGGGGAAAAGGAAAUAAAUGAAAUUAAAAAUGAUAUAAAAGAUGAAGAAAAAAUAGACCCAAAAAUUAAAAAUAAUGAGAAAAUUGAAGAAAAAAAGGUAGUAAAUGAAAUUGAAAAUGAUGUGAAGGAUGAAAAAAAAAUAGACAUGGAUAUCAAGGAUAAUGAAACAAUUGAAAAAAAAAAAAUAAUUAAUGAAAUUGAAAGUAAUGAAAAAUAUGGAGAAAAAAUAGUGCAUAAGAUUGAAAACAAUGUAACAAAUAAAAAAUUAAGUGAUGAAAUUAAAAAUAAUCUAAAAGAUGAAGAAAUAAAAUAUAAUGCAAAAAGUAAAGAGAAAAAUAUAAAUAUGGAAAUUAAAAAUGAUAUAAAGAGUGAUGAAAAUAAAAAAAAUAAUGAAAUUGAAAAUGGUGCAAAAGUAGAAAAAAUAUUUUUUGGAAGUAAAGAUAACGUAAAAAAUGAAAAAAAAAUAAUUAAUGAAGUUAAAAAUAGUGUACAUAUAGAUGAGAAAAAAAAUAAAAUAUAUUUAAAAAAUAAAUGUAAUGCAAAAGAAGAAAACAAGAAAAAAGGCGAUGAUGAAAUGAAAAAAAAUGUAAAAAAUGAAAAAAAUAAAAUUAAGGAAAGUAGUGAAAUUAAAAAUAAUUUAAAAAAUGAAGAAAGAAAAAGAGAUGAAGAAAAUAAAAAUAAUUUAGAAGAAAAAAAAAAAAAGGAUGAUAACUCAGUUAAAAGUAUUGAAAAAAAUAAAGAAAACAAAACACUAGGAGAAUGUAAAAAUAAUGUAAAGGAAGAUAACAAAAUUAAGGGUACUAUACAAAAUGAAGAAAAAAAAAAAGAAGACAUGGAAAUUAAAAACAUUUCAAAGAAUGAAGAAAAACAAAAUAAAGAUAAUGAAAUAAAAAAAAUAAGUGUAGAAGAGAGAAGUAUGCCAUAUAUAGAGAAUUUAAUAUUUCCUUCUGAUAUUAAACUGAUAUAUGGAUAUUUAUCUAGUAUAAAAAAUAAAGAAAACAUAAAAAUGAAAAAUAAUUCCAUUGCUCUAUUAAGUAAAAAUUUAUAUAGUGUUGUAAUAUUGUAUUAUGAAUUUUAUUAUUAUAAUAAUGUUAGUAAUUUUAACAUCGAUUUAAAUUUUUAUGAAAUAAACAAUGAUUUAAUUUGUUUAGUAGAUGAACUUUUUAGCUUACAUAAUGUAAACUUAGAAAAAAAGUUUAUUAAUAGUGAAGAAGAAAAAUUAGAAAAUUUUGAUGAACUUUUGUUAGAUUAUAAAGCUUUACAAGGUGAUACAAAUGUUUUGUAUUUAGAUUUUAAAGAGAUGAAAAUGAAAUAUUGUUCUGUAGAAAUUGAUAUUAUAUUUCAUGAUUCUAAGAAAAAGAACAUAUUAUAUGAAAAUAUAGUAAAAUGUAGUCAUGAUAAGAAUAAUAGUAAUAAUAACAAUAAAGAUAAUAAUAUUAAUAAUAAUAAUAAUGUAUUAUCAUUUGCAAAUGAUAGUAAAAAAGGGAAAAAAAAAAAAAUAUCAAAAAAAGGGGAAAUAAAUGAAAAAAAAGAUGUAAUGAAUAUUUUUUUAGAAAAAGAAAGAGUUAAAAAUGAUAUAAAAAUAAAGAACAUUAACAAAAAAAAUAAUGUAGAAGAAAAUAUUGUAAAUAACAUAAAUGACAAUGAAAAAGAAGAAUUGUUAUCAAUAAAAAAUAAAGAUUAUAUAAAAGAAGAUAGAAAAAUUUCUUUUAACUUUUUAUAUAAAGAACAACCAUAUAAGGCUUUGUUGUUAAAAAGAAAAUUGAAUAUAAGUUCAUCUGAUGAAUUAGAUGAAAAAGAACAAAAUAUUACUAAAGAAAAACCAAAUAAUUCAACAAAUAAUAUUGUAACUAAUAAUAAUAAUAGUAAUGAUAAAUUGAAUAAAAAUAAAGUGGGAAGUAAUGAAAUCGCAAAAAUAAAAAAUAAUGAUGCCAAUAUAACUGAUUCAUCUCAAGUUGCAAAACCAUUAUGUAUACCGAAAGAAUUAUUAAAUAUUACUUCUAUGCUAAGUUCUCAAACGUUAUCAAUUUAUAAUAUAAAGCCUUUAAAUCAAGUUAAAUUCUUUUAUGGGUAUAGCAAAACGAAGAAAGAUUUAUAUAAUUAUUGUUACUCAUAUUUAUUGAAUUUUAUAAACGGAUUUGAUAUAUAUCCCGUUGAAGGAUUUAAGUUUAGACCAAUCAUUAUAGAUGGAGCUAAUGUGUGUGCUAAACUAAUAAAUGAAAAAAGUUUUAAUUUCUAUGAAAACCAUUUAACAACAAUUUAUGAUUGUUAUCUGUUACAUGAAUCCUAUUUAUUUUUUAAAAAAAAGAAUGUAGAAGACAUCAUUAUAGUUUUAAAUCCUGUAACAAAAAAAGGGAAUGAAUAUUUUUUAAGAAAUAAAAAAUUAUUUAAUUAUUCAUAUCUUGAACAAUUAAUUAAAUUAAAUGUUAUAUUAAUAAGCAAUGAAAAAUAUUAUCAUAACUGUAAUGGAGAAAUAAUUAAACAAAGAACUUACGAUGAUGUUCUAAUAUUACAAAUAGCCUCUCAUAGAAAUGGUUGUGUAAUUUCAAAUGACAAUUUUACCGAUAUAAAAAAAGAUGAAUCAUAUAAAGAAAUAAAGAAUAUUAUAUCAUACUAUGUAGUAAAACACAGUUAUGAUAAACAAAAAGGUUUCUAUCUAGACGUAACAAAAAAGCCACUAAAAUAUAUAUUAAAUGCAUUGUUUGAAAAACAUAUAUAA